UGUGCCCUGAUGAUCAGUGUAGCCCCAUCAAUGCCACAUAUCAGUACCCAUCUGCUCUGCCUUUCAGUGCCACCUAUCAGUGCCAGUCAGUGCCACCUAUCAAUGCCCGUCAGUACCACCUAUCAGUGCUGCCAAUCAGUGCCGCCAAUCAGUGCGAGUCAGUGCCGCCUAUCAGUGUCAGUCAGUGCCACCUAUCAGUGCGCAUCAGUGCCGCCUAUCAGUGCCCUCAGUGCCACCUAACAGUGCUAGUCAGUGCCGCCUAUCAGCGUCAGUCAGUGCCGCCUAUCAGUGCCGCCUAUCAGUGCCAUAUAUGAGUGCUGCCUUACAGUGCCCAUCAGUGA